AUCAGUGGCGUUGUCAUCGCCAUGACAUCGACCGAUGUAUUGCUUCAUCUGAGCAAAGAGGAGAUCUCGGCUGGCCAAAACAUCGAGCGAUUGUCCAGACUUUGCAAACAUAUCGUAAAUCAGCGCAACUUUUACCCCAUAUUCCCGCCGAACCCGGACGUGAACGUGGAGUUCACGAAAUACGACUUUUUGCGGCUACCGGUGAGCCCACACAUACUCAUACUGCCGUCCGAUCUCAAAGAGUUUGUUAAGAACAUAUCGCGAGCGGUGGUCAUCAACACCGGCCGACUGUCCAAAAGUAAAUACACGCGAAUCCGUGUCGACCCCAUCGACCAGAAGUCAUUCAACGGGUCGCUCGAGAGCUACACUAACGUCGAGAUCAUUAAAAUGAAGGAUUGAUGUGAAAUACGCUAUAAGUUUCGGUUUAAUUAAGUAUUUAUUU